UCAUCAAGUGCAUAAAUGCGAGGGCAGCUGACCUCAACGACAUCACACUGCCCCCAAACAAGGAGGCUCAGAGAGCUUGAUUUCUCGUAUACGGCUGUAGCAUAGCCGAACAGUGACUCACUGGAGGCCUAUCAAUGGCAUUAUAAAGCAUGAUGCUGGCUACACAAUUCACUCAUGUCCCAACCUCAAGUUUUAAUCGCAGGUGCUGGACCAACAGGUCUAGUAUCCGCCCUGUGGUUGACCGCGCAGGGAGUCAACGUUCGUAUUAUCGACAAGUCCGAGGCAUGCGUAUCCACUUCGCGCGCCCUCGCCGUUCAUGCUCGUACGCUGGAACUGUAUCGCCAAAUGGGUCUGCCUGAGGCCGUGAUACAGCACGCAGUCAAGUCUACGGCGAUGAACAUCUGGACGGACAGCGCUCAUGCGGCACGGAUAGCAUUCGAGGCCGUUGGCAAAGGGCGCACUCCCUACCCAUAUGUUUACAUCUACCCGCAAUACGAGCACGAGCGGAUGCUCGAGGAGCGAUUGAAGGCACUAGGCGUUUUGGUUGAGCGCCGCGUCGAGCUCCUCAGUUUCUCUGAUCAUGACAGUCACGUCGAGGCCCGACUCCGGGGUCCAGACGGACAGGAGGAAUCGUUCGAAGCUUCUUACAUCCUCGGUUGCGAUGGUGGAGGAUCCGCCGUGCGCCAUACUCUCGAUAUCGGAUUCUCAGGCGGCACCUACCCGCAAGUCUUCUUCGUCGCAGACAUCGAGGGCACCGGACCAACAUUCAACGGAGAAGCACAUACCGACCUCAACGAAUCCGAUAUGCUCAUCUCAUUCCCCCUCAGCGAAGACCGACACGCCCGUCUCGCGGGUACCGUGAGCGACGAGCGCGCGGAUCGCCCUGAACAACUCACCUUCGCCGACGUCUCGCACCGGGCCAUCGACGCCCUCAAAAUCAACGUCGAAAAAGUCAACUGGUUCUCGACUUACCGUGUCCACCACCGCGUCGCAGACCACUUCCGUAAAGGCCGCGCAUUCCUCGUCGGCGACGCAGCCCACAUCCACAGUCCCACCGGCGGCCAGGGCAUGAACACCGGAAUCGGAGACGCCAUCAACCUCGCUUGGAAGAUCGCCGCGGUCUUACAAGGUCGAGCAGACGAGUCUCUACUCGAUACGUACGAGGCCGAACGUCGCCCGUUUGCGCAGAUCCUCGUUGAAACUACAGAUACUGCUUUCACGCAUGCUACGUCGAGUACAUGGUCUGCGACGUUUGUUCGCAAAUGGGUCCUGCCUUAUCUUCUCCCCGUUGCGAUUCGCAUUCCGGUCGUCCCGAAGUUUAUAUUCUCUCGUGUUUCGCAGAUGUUGUUGAAUUACCGCCAGGGUCCGCUAGCUCAGGGUGUAGCGGGCUGGGUGUAUGGUGGUGACCGUCUCCCAUGGGCUGUUGUGAAUGGUGUGGACAAUUUCACGAGCCUGAAUGAGAUGACAUGGCAGGUUCAUGUUUAUGGAACUGCAAAUGAUGAACUGGUGGAAUGGUGCAGGGGAAAGCAGAUCCCGUUGCAUGUUUUUGCUUGGGCGAACGAAUAUCACGACGCUGGUUUCGUCUGUGACGCUGCCUACUUGAUACGACCUGAUACUUAUGUUGCGAUGGUUGAACCGUCUGGGGUGGCGGAAUUAUGUUGGUUGCAAUUAUGUACUAUAGAAUUAUAUAAUGAUAACGAAUCCACGCCUCUCAAAACAAUCAACUCAUGCAAUUAUGUACAAACAAGACCAACUACCGAGUAAUGACAAUCUUCCUCGCCGAAACACCCUUUCUCCACACCUCGAGUCCCUCCUGAAUACUCUCCAACCCCGUCCCAACAACCAACGGCUCAGGAGCAACCCGGUACGACCCAUUCCUCAAAGCCUCCGGCAAAAAGUCCCUAAAAACAGCCGGCCCAACCUCAUUCGCCUUGAUUGUAUUCGCAAAGAUCAUCUUCCCCUUGACACCAGCCGGACCAUCCUCGGGAAUCGGCAAAGACGCAGCCACGAACGCAGAUCCGUUCGCCUUGCCAGAGACCUCGAGACAGAUAGCCACCGAUCCAGCUGCGUGCAGGAUGCCCGCAAGGUCGGUUUCAUUGAUCGCUGCCACGACAUCUUCGACGACGGUUGGGCUUUUGUAGUCGAAGACGGCGCUCGCGCCGAGACUCUUCA